AAAUACUCUCCCCCUCCCAUAGCGUGUUCAACCUUUCACAUACUUCGAAAUCGCCGCCGCGAUUCCAAAUUAGACCAGAAAUCGCGCUCCACCGAGCGGGAGGAUGUCGGAGCAGUUUACCGCCUCAGCCGCAAGCGGCGGCUCAACGUCGAGCGAAGACGACCGGCGAAACAAUCCUAGUAACCCGCUCCUCUCCCUGCUCUCGGCCUUCCUUCAGCUCUUCAAACCGCCGCAGCCGAAGUCCGCCCCCGCCGCCGACGAGGCUCAGCCGGGCAAUCCGAAGCCAGAAGUCGCCGAGGACAAAGAGAAGCCGUCUGUAGUGAAGUUCCCUAGGGCGGAAUUGCCCUCUCUGAAACUCGAAUCUCACGAAUCUGAGACCGACACUAAGCCUGCGGUCCUGUGGCAGGUUUAUGCGAUUGGUGGUUACUUAGUGUUGAAAUGGGCGUGGACUAGAUGGAAUGAGAGGAAUUUGAAGAAGCCAUCCAAUGAAGAAACAUCUCCGCCUGCUCAGGAGGAGCAAUCAUAAUACGGUAGAUUUGCGCUUUGAUCCAUUUUUUUCUUGAGAAGAAGUUGAAGAAGAUAUGUUUUUUUUUUCAGAUAAUGAAAAAGCUUACAUAUUCCUUUCUAUGAUAUGCACAUAAGUUCGUCUCUUUGAUGGAUAAAAUUGUAAAGACUUGGAAAUGUUUGCAGUGGAUCCAAAGUUUUUCUAUAGUUGUUUGUUUGAUCGUUUCCUUCAUUUCCAACCAAACACACUUUGAGUUUAAUUUCUAAUCCGAGUAGACAAAAGAGAAAAAAAAUUGAACCAAAAUGCUAUCGAAUUAUUUAUUGUGUUUUUAAAUGAAUUUUUUUUCAUUAA